AUGGCUGCUACCGAUAGAUUAAAUUUAACAUCUGACAUUUUAAGUUCUUCAAUGAAAAGGUCAGAAUCCAGUGCUUCUUUAACAUCAUUAGAUCAUCCUUACAAAGUUACUGUCAUUGGAUCAGGUAAUUGGGGGACAACAAUAGCUAAAGUAGUUGCUGAAAAUACUGCCCAAAACCCAACGUUAUUCGCUCCAGAAGUUAAUAUGUGGGUUUUCGAAGAAAAAAUUGAAGGUAAAAACUUAACUGAAAUUAUAAAUACAAAACAUCAAAAUGUUAAGUAUCUUCCUGGUAUUACUUUGCCUGAUAAUUUAAUUGCCAAUCCAGAUUUAUUAAGCGCAUGUGAAGGCGCUGAUAUUUUGGUCUUUAAUAUUCCCCAUCAAUUUUUAAGGAGGAUCGUCAGUACUUUGAAAGGUCACGUAGAUAAGAAAGUCAGAGCAAUUUCUUGUUUGAAAGGGUUUGAAGUAGACGCUAACGGCGUCCAAUUAUUAUCCUCUUACAUUACAGAUGAAUUAAAUAUUGCUUGUGGAGCUUUAUCUGGUGCUAACUUAGCGCCAGAAGUUGCAAAGGAAAAUUGGUCUGAGACGACUGUCGCCUAUCACAUUCCUGAAGAUUAUAGAGGUGAUGGCAAAGAUGUGGAUCACAGAGUGUUAAAAGCCCUGUUCCAUAGACCUUAUUUCCAUGUUUCUGUGAUCGAAGAUGUCGCCGGUAUUUCAAUUGCUGGUGCUCUGAAGAACGUCGUUGCGCUUGGCUGUGGGUUUGUUGAAGGUUUAGGUUGGGGUAACAAUGCUUCAGCUGCUAUUCAAAGGGUUGGUUUAGGUGAAAUUAUUAAGUUCGGACAAAUGUUCUUUCCUGAAUCAAGAGUGGAAACAUAUUAUCAAGAAUCUGCAGGUGUUGCAGAUCUGAUCACCACUUGCUCUGGGGGUAGAAAUGUUAAAGUGGGUAAACACAUGGCGAAGACUGGCAAAGAUGCAUUUGAAGCAGAAGCUGAAUUAUUAAAUGGCCAAUCUGCGCAAGGUAUCAUCACCUGUAAAGAAGUACACGAAUGGCUAGAAAGUUGUGAUUUAGUUAGUGAAUUUCCUCUAUUUGAUGCUGUGUAUCAAAUUGUCUACAAUAACGUUCCAAUGGAGAACAUACCUGAUAUGAUUGAUGAUCUGGAUGCAUUUGGUCAUCAUUAA